GAGAAGCACACACGAAAAACAGUCGAGAAUAACAGAUAUAGCCGCGUUCACAGGAAUUCCUUUGACAUGCAUUUAAUAAUCGAUUCCCUCAGUGAUGUGUGAGCUCCGGUGUGACGGUUCAGAUUGGGAGAGAAAAUCAUGGAAGACCAUGUAAAACAGCGGAAAAGAGAAACUGCAGGGUGCAAUCGACUCUUUUGCAUGCAAGGCAAAGAUCAUUUUUGACAACACGCCAGUGUACACCACUGAGACAUCUGACUCAACGCCUGGCUCUCACAGAUGUACACAUGGGUUCCACCUAACAGAAGUGAUCAGGAAGAAACAGUCAACAAGAAACAGCAACACAUCGAGCCUGGGGUUUAACGGCAACAUCAGUGGGAGUCAUGUCUCUUUCUACGGUGUUAGCAAAGGCGUUGUAUGACAAUGCAGCCGAGAGUCCAGAGGAGCUGGCCUUCCGAAAGGGUGAUAUCUUAAUGGUGCUGGAGCAGGAGAAAGAAGGUGGGCCUGGUUGGUGGCUCUGCUCCCUCCAUGGGCGCCAAGGCAUCGCCCCUGCCAACCGUUUACGUCUCCUUCAGGAUAGAUGCCGUGCUCCCAGCAUAGACUCGGUUUAUCUCAGUCCUAUGCAGCAGAACCUUGCUAAUGGACAACGAGUGGAAGAAGCCGAUGCGGUAUAUCUUUCCCCUCCGAGCAUCGCUGAAGGGGUGUACCAGAGUCCCGGAGGACCAUCAGGCCCUAACAAUCGUCCACGUUCUCACUCGAGCUCUGGCUCCAGACCACGGGCGGAGUGGGCUGAAAUGGUGUCCGAGGGGCGUCCACGUUCGCCAUCUCUCAGAGGACGGGCUGGAGAAACGGGCACGGUGUACCAGACCCCUGCAACAGUGACACAGCUAGGCGGACAAUACAGAUCACAGAGUGUUUCUGAGUCAGUAUACCUGACACCCAGUGCAGUACCCAGACCUGGGGGUGAAGUAGCAGGUGAGGCUGCAUACCUAACCCCAAGAGACACCUUAAGCCAUUCGGACGGCUGCUAUUUGGUGCCUCGGCCAACCGUAGCAACUUUACCCGGUGAGGAUUUGUAUCAAACACCAACAAGUGCUGCCCCAGUGCCAGUGCUCCAGGACGGAAUAGCCAGUCAAGUCAAAAUAGGUCCGGAGACACCAGGAAUGUACCAAACUCCUACCCAGCCAGGGACAGCAAUAACUGGGACUCCACAAACCGAACGCAAGCUACCAUCUGGAUCCGCUGUCAUAUCGCCUGCCUCAGGACAAAAUCUAAGGACACCCCCUGCAACAAAGGCAUCUCCAAGACCACAAAAUCCAUGUGCCACUCCACCUGUUGGUCGUGGCAGCACAUCACAGGCUGCCAUCAGAGGGUCCCCUCUACUCGUGCGGGGAGGAAAAGCCGGGUUGCCGGGUUCUCCAAACUUUGCAAGGAAGCCUCCUCCUCCAGCACCGCCUGUAAGAAGUGUGACCAGGAAGGAUUUACCUCAACAGGCACCAGCGCCAGCCACAAAACCCGCCACACAAGCAAGCCCUGCGCCCCCACAGGCCACUAAAGAUGAGACACAAAGACAGGGAAGUAAAGAUGAAAAGGCGUGUCCAGCUUUUGAUGAUGGAAACCAGGGGGAUCAGGUAUAUGACACUCCUCCCACCAACAGAUGGCAGCAACCAGUACCUGCAGUAUCUUUGGAGGACGAGAGCAUCUAUAACACCCCCCGUGCUGUCCCCUUACUCACUGACCAUGGAUCAGAGAUUUACGAUGUUCCCACCCAUGCCCUAAAUCCAGCAUCAGAUCUCCAACAGCAGACUUACAACAUCCCAGCACCCCUUGCUGUGGCUGAAGACGUAGAGGAAGAUGUCUAUAGUGUUCCAACUCUUCCAGGUUUGCCAUUAGAAUCAGGUGAGAUACCUGGAUCGAAGCGCGAAGCUGAGGUGUACUCCAUCCCAAGUCCCGGUAAACCUGAACUAGCAUCUGAGGACAUCUUAGAACCUGAUGGCGGCAUUUAUGACAUGCCAGCUCUCACCCUAGACAUCCCUUCCUGCCGGUUGUCAACGUCCAGCACCGGCUCUGGUGACAUCCAGUGGAAAAGCUCACUUUCAGCCCUGGUUCAGUCUGCGCUGAAUUCCACCUCGGUCGCCACCACAACUUCACGGGAUCUGGCUUCCUCGCUGGCGGAGAUCCUGUCCGUCUGGAAGGCAAGUCACACAGGUGAAGUUCCACCUCCUCUUCAGCAGGCCUGGUCUCGUCUCGCGGAACCCCUUCCUGCCCUGACGGUGUGUAGCACCUCUCCACCGGCCGACAGUCUGCUCUCGAUGGUCCGCCGAGCUCUCGAGGACUCUGCCUCUCUUCUGCAGUGUCAGACAAGACCCCGCCUCCCCUCGCAGGACUCAUUGUCACGGAGGCCUCUUCCUGCGUUGCCGGUUGCUGAGGUGAAGCCCAUGUCUGUAGGAAUGGGCUCUCGUAAAGGUAGCUGGAUCCAGGAGCGUCCGCUCCCUCCACCUCCUCCUCCUGCUUUUCCGUUGUCCCCGGCGCCGGCUUCUUUACCCUGUGGUGAACAAACAAGUGAGGAUGAGGAACAGGGGAAUGAAUAUGCAGGAAUAGGGAUAACUCCUGCACCUCCAUCGUACCCUGCAGGAGACAGUGUGGGAUACGUCAAACUGCAGGGAAAGCCUGAACCUCCUCCUGAUUCACAAAUAGAGACUGGCACGUCACACGUCAUCUCAGCAAACGACACCAGAUUGAGUCCAUCCCCUCCUCUCCCAGGCUCCCUCUCACUGGAGGACUCUGAACUUUUGUCAUUUUACUCAUCCCAAAGCCUGGCUCACCUCUCCUCCCUGGCCGACGCCAUCGACUCCCUGUUCAGUAGCGUCCAGGGAAACCAGCCACCACGGAUUUUUGUGUCCAGGGGGAAGAGUCUCAUUGUGACCGCACACAAGCUUGUGUUUAUCGGGGACACGCUUGUUCGGCUCCUCAGCUCCACUGACCUCAGGGCAAAGGUCACCACUUCUAGCGGACGUCUCUGUCAGGCUCUGAAAGCUGUUGUUGUUGCCACCAAAGACGCUGCUCAGAAUUACCCAUCGGUCCAAGCUUCACAAGACAUGGUUGACAGAGUUGCAGAGCUAUCCCAGCAUGCUGCUGGCUUCUCUGGGCUCCUUCAACGACUAGCAGAGAUAUCUUGAUGUGUUCUUUUGGUUCUUUUUUUGUAUUUUUAUUUGAUUAAGGUACUUUACAGCAAGCCUUAUUUGUGAGUGCUUUAUUCCAUUUUUGUUUUGUUUGUAUCCCGAGAGGUAUCAUGAUCACAUCCCUGACUGAUGAUAACAGUAUACCAGUGGUUUGAUAGUGAUCUGUGCCUCGAGGUGCUUUGUGUUUGAUUGUACCGUAUGUAUGGGUGUUCAUGUGUGCAUGUGUUGGUUUGCGAGUGGUUCACCCUCGAUUCGUCCAGUCGUCUUUUUUGGUGCCUAGCACACUCUUGUGUGUCUUAAGUUAUUGAAGGGGGUUCGGGUUGGUGUGUGGACACGUGCUGCACGUUUUGUUGGGACUUUAUUUUGUAUUCAUUUGAUUUUGUACAACUUUUAAAUUGGCGAUCAUACUGCCACAAUGCAAUGUUUGAUUAUGUCGGGUGCCGUUGUUUUCUGUUACAUGUACCAAAAGGCAACUGAGGGUUCAUUUCUUUAAAAACUGUGCUCCAGUUUAUGCCUUAAAAGUUCUAAAGUGUUUAACAAGCGCUUAUUCAUACUGAAAGCACCGUCUCUAACAGUGCUGGCUAUAUUACAUGCAUAUGCAAAAAGGUAAGCAGGAACUUUAUUUAAGAUAGUGAGUUAAGAAGGAAAGGUCAAGUUAAGUGGUUUUGAUAGCAAAAAGUGUAUUUUGUCAGUGAUUUUAAAUAGAAUCACAUUAUAUAAUGUUAAGUUGAAAAAAGCAGAAGAAAAACUGUACCAGAUAUGUCAUUGUGUUUGCAUUAUACAUGAGAAGAACUUAAUUCUAAAUAAAACUAGCAACAUCAGAUAGGAGGUGCUUGAUUUACUAGUGAAAAUAAAUUAAUAAUAAAUUAUAGUGCCUGAAAUAAAACAACCCAGUAUC